GGGGGAAAUGAUAGCAGAACGGAAAGAAGGUUAUUUUGAGGCUGGUAUCAUGCAUACUAUUAUUUUAUAACAAAUUAUUCUACAGCUUAUAACAAAUUAUUCUACAGCUUGAUUACUUAAAAUAAUCAGUAUUUAUCAUCUUAGCUGGUUUGUGAGGGCUGAGGAUUGAGACAAGGUCUUCAUGGUGAUUCUGGUUCAGGGUGGUGCUCCCCACUGCCUUUCUGCAACAGGGUCUCAACUCCCUAUGCUUGCUAGCCAGCCUUGGCUCACUGGUGCCUCGUGGGUUUUUCGUGAUUGUUGAGCAAUUGUGAGUCACCGCCAGCCCAGACACUUUGGUGAACUAGUUUGCCAUGAUGUGGGCUGGGACUAUAACUCCUUCAAUGCCUUCUUGGGAACUGACGUUCAUCUCUUCUGUGUCCUAGGACUCAGAAUAUUCACUGACCGCCUGAGAAGGACUGUUCUGUACCAAUGGAGGAAGACGCAGGGGAGGAGCUGGGGCUGGGCAGGUCAAGGGCCCCCACAGACUUCCACUUCUAUCACAUGGAUCUGUAUGACUCUGAGGACAGACUGCAGCUCUUCCCAGGAGAAAGCAGCAGAAUCAGGAGCGAAGUAAACCAGGCUGAACUGACCAGUGAGCCGAGAGGGGCAGGGGACAGCAAGAGUCUCCCGAAGGAAGUGGAUGAGCUCGUCCACUUAUAUGGACUUGAAGAUGACCAUGAGUUAGGGGAUGAGUUUGUUGAUGAGCACAGAUUAGGGACUCUGGAGUAUCCUCCUUAUGGCCCGAGGAGGAGAGACCCAGCCAGGGAGCAGAGAGACUGGGGGCUUAGCGAGGCAGCUGAGGCCGAGGACCUGGGCUAUGGCCUUCCCGGUCAGUGCCAAGACCUCCGGGAAGCCUACAGGUACACGCACGGCCGUGCCAGCGAGGAGUAUGAAUGCUACGUCAUCCCAGAGGAGGAGGAUGAAGAAGAAGAACCUGCUGAUGUCUUCUGUGCCACCUGCAAGACGCCAGUAAGAACUGCUGAGAAGGAUGCGGAGGCACACGAGGGACAUGAAGUCAUGCCACUCAACAAAGCGCUGGAAAGCGCCAAGGAUGAAAUUCACAAAAACAUGUGCAGAUUGGAGCAGCAGAUUAUCGAGAUGGAAAAUUUCGCUAGCCACCUGGAGGAGGUGUUCAUCACAGUGGAGGAGAAUUUUGGAAGACAAGAGCAAAACUUUGAGUCACAUUACAAUGAGAUCUUGGAAACCCUCGCUCAAAAGUAUGAAGAAAAAAUUCAAGCCCUAGGGGAGAAAAAGAAAGAGAAGCUGGAGGCUUUAUACGGACAGCUGGUCACCUGUGGAGAAAACCUGGAUGCCUGUAGAGAGUUGAUGGAAACCAUAGAGGAGAUGUGUCACCAAGAGAAGGUGGAGUUCCUAAAGGAUGCAGUGGCUAUGACUGACAGACUAGGGAAAUUCCUGAAAACCAAAACAGACGUGGAGCUCUCUGCACAGCCUGAGUUUGAAGACCAGACCUUGGAUUUCUCUGAUGUAGAGCAGCUGAUGGACUCCAUCAACACCAUUUUAGCUCCCUCUGCCCCAGUGAUAAAUCCUCAGGCCCCCAACUCGGCCACAGGGUCCUCCGUCCGUGUGUGCUGGAGCUUAUACUCCGAUGACACCGUGGAGAGCUAUCAGCUGUCCUACAGACCAGUGCGGGACAGCUCACCUGGCAAGGACCAAGCAGAGUUUACCAAGACGGUCAAAGAGACAUAUUGCUCAGUGACAAAUCUUGAGCCAAAUACCCAAUAUGAGUUUUGGGUGGUCGCUCAGAACAGGACCGGCCCCAGCCCCUCCAGUGAGCACGCAGUGUAUAUGACAGCCCCCUCUCCCCCCACUAUAAAAAGUGAGGCGAUCAGAAGCUGUGAAGAGGCUGCGCUGAUUUGCUGGGAGUCUGGGAACCUGAAUCCUGUGGACUCCUACACAGUGGAGCUGAUCCAGGCAGAGACGCCGGAAGCCUCGGGGGUAACUGAGUCUGUUGUAGGCAUCCCAACCUGUGAGUCCCUGAUCCAGCUGCAGCCUGGGCACAGCUACACGAUCUACGUCCGAGCUCUCAAUGUCGGGGGCACCAGUGCCAGGAGUGAGCCUGCGACAGUGCACACCACAGGAAGCUACUUCCAGCUGAACAAGGACAGCUGCCAUCCCUGGCUGACCAUUUCUGAAGAUGGGUUCACAGUGGUUCGGAGUGAGAAGAAAACCUUCAGAAGGGAGCUGCCGCCCAGCAAGACCCAGUUCACCAGGUGUGCUGCUGUCAUUGGAGAUCUAAUUCCAGUCCGAGGACGCCAUUACUGGGAGGUGGAGGUAGACGAGCACUCGGACUACACGAUUGGCGUGGCCUGUGAGGACGUCCCCAAACAGGAAGACCUGGGGGCGAACUGCUCGUCCUGGUGCAUGAGGCAUACAUUCGCCUCCACAAGGCACCGGUAUGAAUUUCUGCACGACAGGACGACUCCAGACAUAAGAAUCACAGUUGCCCCAAAGAAGAUUGGUGUCCUGCUAGACUAUGAAAACUCCAAGCUGUCGUUUUUCAACGUGGACAUUGCUCAACAUCUGUACACAUUCAACUGUCAGCUCCACCAAUUCGUGCACCCCUGUUUUUCUUUGGAAAAGUCCGGAAGCCUAAAGAUCCGCAAUGGCAUCUCAAUGCCAAAGCAUGUCACUUUUUUUUAGGUCCUUCUGAUGUUGUUUCAAGUCUUUCUGUCCUCUUCCCUCAGCCACCCUCACUUUGCUGACUGAACUUGGUAUUCAAGUUUCCUGCAGCCAGCACAAGCCACAGUUCACGCUAGUGUCAUGGGGUAGAUGGGUGGAUGGGGUGCUGGACCCAUUUCACCUGAUAAUGGACUCAUCCUGGUGCAGCUCCCUGUGUGAUGCCCGGGGAGCCAUUAUCAGACCAGGCUGUCAGAGAAGGGGCCAGACUCUGAACUCAAAGGGCUCUUGUGGGCUUGAACUGCACUUGUCUGUUUGUGGAUAUGUAAAGUAUUUUGAGUCUCCUAAGCCUAUAGACAUAAGGAUAGUGUCAGGAAGUCAUUUAUAAAUUAUAAUUUAUAAGGGUUAAGGCUUCAGCAGCCCCGCACAUGUGUGACGUUUCACUAUUUACUGAGAACAGACCCAAGAAGGCAAGAAACUCUGCAGAAAUACAAGGAAGUCAGGUACCCAUCUCAAGACCACCGUGGUAGGUUAAGAAGGGCUCAUCUAUUUCAAUGCUUAGUCAUCCAGAGUGCCACUAUUUGAGAAGGAUUAGCAUGACUAGGAGGUGUGGCCUUGCUGGUGGAAGUGUGUCACUGGGGGUGAGCUUUGGGGUUCCAAAAGCCCAGGCCAGGCCCGGUCUGUCUUUCCGCCUGUGGAUCAGGAUGUCCCUCUCUCUCAGCUACUGCUCCAGCGCCGUGAGUGCUGCCCUGCUUCCUGCCAUGAUGAUGGGCUAAGCCUCAAAACUGUGAAGCCCCCAUUACAUUUUGUAAGAGUUGCCUUGGUCGUGGUGUCUCGUCACAGCAGCAGAACAGUGACUGAGACAGAAGCGGUACUAGGGCCUGGAGUGCUACUGUGACGGGCCUGCCCACGCUGCUUGUCAGAGGAAUAUGGAAGAACUUGGGACUCUGAAAUAAAAAAAUGGUUGGGCACUUAUGUGGGGCUUAAUAGGAGCAUGGAAAACAGUGUUGGGGGUGAUUUGAACUGUGAGGGCCCAGAUCAAGAAGUUCAAGAGGGGAUGAACAUUAGCAAGUGGCCUAGAGACCAUUCUUGUGCUGUUUUGGCAAAGACUGGGGCCACUUUUUGCCCUUGCACUAAAAAUCUGCCUGAAGCUAAACUCAAGUUUUGGAUUAAGGAUUUAGCAGAGAUCUCAAGACAGCCUGGUGUUGACCCUGUCGUGUGGC